GUUCCCCGUUUAUAGAACUCGAACUCUUCACUCCAUUCCACGGCGAUCUCCAACUCCGGCGGCUGCGGCGGCGAGAGGGCGACAUGGCCAUUGAUCGCCGGAGACCCAAACCCUCGCGGCGGAGCCACUUUGUGAUCCGUGAAACCCUCCUCCUCCUCUUCCUCCUUUUGAUCUGCGCACCGUCCCCUUCUUCUUCUUCGUCGUCGUCGUCUUCUUCGAUGCACAACAACAACUGGGCCGUGUUGGUUUGCACCUCCAGAUUCUGGUUUAACUAUAGGCAUAUGGCGAAUACUCUGUCACUAUAUAGGACAGUGAAGCGACUAGGGAUACCAGAUGAGAGGAUAAUACUUAUGUUGGCCGAUGACAUGGCUUGCAAUGCCAGGAAUACUUAUCCAGCCCAAGUUUUCAACAAUGAGAACCACCAGCUUAACCUGUAUGGAGAUAAUGUUGAAGUUGAUUAUCGAGGUUAUGAGGUAACUGUUGAAAACUUUUUACGAGUCUUAACUGGAAGACACGACAGCGCUGUUCCAAGAUCGAAGCGUCUUUUAAGUGAUGAGGGUAGCCAUAUUCUCUUGUACAUGACUGGGCAUGGUGGGGAUGAAUUCUUGAAAUUUCAGGACUCUGAAGAGCUUCAGAGCCAUGAUUUAGCUGAUGUGGUGAAGCAAAUGAAGGAGAAGAAUAGAUUCAAGGAGUUGCUGAUAAUGGUUGAUACUUGUCAAGCUGCAACUCUUUUCUCCCAGCUUAAUUCACCUGGUGUGUUGGCAAUUGGAAGCAGCAUGAAAGGAGAAAAUUCGUACUCUCAUCACCUUGACUCAGAUAUUGGUGUGUCUGUUGUUGAUAGAUUCACUUUCUACACACUCACUUUUUUUGAGAAGCUGAACAUGUACAGCAAUGCCUCAUUGAACAGUCUCUUCGCAUCAUACAAUCCUACUUUGCUGAUGUCUACUGCAUAUUACCGAACGGAUCUUUAUGAACGACCCUUGAAUGAGGUACCUGUCACAAAUUUCUUUGGGUCAGUCAUGAAAACAAUGCACACAGACUCUGCUUACACGGGCUUCUCCAUUACACCUGAGAUUGAACUUCCAUUGUCUUCUGAGGACACGGCCGCCGAUCGAAUUCUAUUGGAAAAUGAAACUCACAAGGAAGAAGCAAAUAGUGAUGAAGUAAAAGAUAGAAGCUGCAGUUCUUAUGAAUGGUUGAAAGUGUUACAAGAUCGACUGGCAGAUGAGAAAUCCGACACUAUUGUGAUGUAUGGUCUGGGAACGAUGAUUCUGUUGCUCACUGUUUCGACCUGGUUAUCAACAUAAAGCUUCAUGAAACUCCUCCAUUACAUUGUGUGUUUUGUUGUUUGUUCCACUCCAUAACAUCUUAAGGGUAAACGUAUUGAAUAUUCAUGGCUAGUACUUCACUUAAUCAUACAAUUUCUUAGGAUUAAUUCAUUACCAAAUAUUUACUUCGUCUCUUACUGUGCUUCUGCUUUAGAGUUCAAAUAGAGUUUUCUUUAUCUUA